AUGGCGACUGUCGAGGAGAUCACCGAGGAGAUCGCGGCCCUGCAGAAGCAGACCGAAAUCCUCGGCAUGGAGAACGAGAUGCUGCACGACUACUUGCAGCGCGACGGCGACAAGAGUGGCGAAAAGGACGAGGCAGACGAGACUCUCGCCGAUUCCCUCACGCCGUCGGCGAGCGCGGCCCUGAAGGGCCGGGCCGCCGUCUCCCGCGGCCAGCGCCAGCAGAAGAAUGUCCGGCAGCGCCAGGAGCUCACGCUCGAGGAGAAGUUCCGCAUUGCCAGUGAGGAGGCGGAGUCCCUCGCGAAGGACAUCGAGCACACGAGGAAAACCUCCGAGCAGAACCUCGACAUCCUCCGGGCCCUGAUGGAGGAGACAGACAUCAGGACGGCGGAGGUGAAGCGCGACGCCUACGAGUUUCGGCGCGACAUCGUGGUCGGCGCGGAAAACCCGCGCACGGGGAAGACCAUGGCCGAGAAGGUGUUGAAGUAUAUGGAGGACAAACUGACGCAGAAGGACAUGUUGAUCAACAAGCUUCUGAUGAAGAACCAGGCAUACAAGAGCGCCAUCAAGAAGGCCGACAGCCAGCUCAAGUCCAAGGACGAGACUGGCGACAAUCUGCAGUAUAUCGACUUCCACCAGCUCAAGAUCGAGAACCAGCAGUUCGUGCAUCGCAUCGAGGAAGCAAACCAAGAGCUGCUGGUGCUCAAGAGGAGAUCUGGUAGAACGGUGAAGAUCCUGAACAACAUGAAGAAGAGGCUGGGCGGUCUCACCGCCGAGGCCAAGUUCCUCGAGGACGAGAUCAGGGAGAGGAAGGCGAUGCUCGCGAAGACGGAGCACGACAUCGUGAAGGUCGUCGAGGAGAAAGAGGCCGCGCGGAAGGAGCGGAAGAGGCUCCAGGCCCAGUCUCGCCAGACGCCCGAGAUGCCGCAGGUGGUGGACUACGUCACCCAGAAGGAGGAGCAGUUCCGGCUGGAGGCGGAGAAGCGGAACUGGGGUCGGAAGGUCGAGCUGGUCGAGACGGCGGCCAGGCCAUGGCGAGACGGGCCCGCCUGGCCUGCCGAGGAGGCCCGGCGCCGCGCCGCCCGGCCCGCGGACACUGAGCCGCUGGCGCGCCUCAAGUCUUCAUGGUUGUGGCGUUCUCAUUUUUCCAUAUAG